GAAGUCGUGCAUAUGAAGAAUAUUUCCACAUGACAGUUUAUUUAUGUUAGACCGACAUCGAUAUCUAAUAUUCUUAUGAGUUUCAUCUGAUCCAAAUCGUGUCUAAAUACUGUCAGAUUGUCAUUUGCCUGUCAUCAGCUUUGGUCUCAUGGCCGGUGUAGUUUAUUUGAUAAUUUUGAAUAAAUAACGGUUUAACGUUAAACGGUGAAAAUCAUGUCAGAAGAGCUGGAGCGCAUCCUGGCCCGGCUGACAGAACCGGACAACGCCGUUAUCCAGCAGGCCACAGGUGAGCUGAAACAGACAUUUAAAGAUCCAGCUAUCAUCCCUGCUUUAUGUGCGGUUAUGACUGGAUCACAGAACCCACAGGUCCGUCAGUCGGCUGCAGUGAUGCUCAGGAUGAGAGUCAGAAAACACUGGAAGAAAAUCAGUCCAGACCACAGAGAAAGUCUGAAGGCAGUGGUGCUGCAGGCUUUACAGCAAGAAACUGAGCACACAGUUCGCCACUCUCUCUCUCAGCUGAGCGCAGUUCUGGUGAAGCAUGAGACCCCAGACCGCUGGCCUGCUCUUCUCGCCCUAUUAAACCAGUCUACUAAAGCAGUAACCCACAGGAUAGACAGGUGGUCCUUUUAUUGCUUAGCAAAGUGGUGGGAUCAAACCCGGAGCCCUUUAAGCCCCACUACAAGCAACUUCUCCAGCUGUUUGGGACUGUUCUCCAAGACCUGAACAAUCCCACGGCUCUCUACUACUGCAUUCUCACUCUUACCGCCAUCACGGCCUACACCGGCACAGAGGAGAUGAACCUGAUGCGAUCUCUGAUCCCCAAACUGCUCAUUGCUCUUAAACACCUCAUUCAGGCAGACCAGGACCAAGCCAGUGAGGCGAUGGAAGUUUUUGAUGAGCUGAUGGAAAGUGAGGUGUCCAUUGUUGUCCCACACAUUGCCGAAAUCGUCCGAUUUUGCCUGGAGUUUCUUCUAGAUCAGUGCGGAUGUCUCCCUUAGUGAUUCUCUGCGCGUAAAGGCUCUGUCAUGUAUCGCUGUUCUCAUCAGACUUAAAA